ACUUUGCAUUUCCAGUGGCAGGCAUUGUGUCUUAGCGCGAGGAGACGAAAGAUGCAGGCGCUGGCACGGGCGGCGCGGGGGCUCGCGGCAACGGCAGCACGGCCGUCGGCGGAGGCGUGGCACCGCGGGCAGGUGCAGCCGGCCCGGGGGAUCGUGGUGGAGGUGAGGGACGGGAACCUGGAGCGGGCUCUCGCGAUCAUGGAGCGCAAGAUGCGGUCAAGCGGCAUGGAGCGGCUGAUCCGGGCCCGGACCGACCACCACGUCAAGGACUCGGAGAAACGCGUGCUCGCACGCAAGGCGCUCAUGCAGCGCGUCAAGUCCCAGGAGCUCGGCAAGAAGCUCCGCGAGAUUCUCAUCAAGAAGAUCAGGGGUCAGUGAGAGCAUAUCUCGGUGGGCAGCACAUCAGCAGUUUAUGGUAGCAUUUUCAUGUUAAACAUGUAGUCACCCCCAAUGUUGGAGCGUAGUAGUAUAGUGAUGGGUCUGUUUUGGAGCAGCUUGAUAAUGACUCAACUGUGACAUUGAGUGAAAAAGCUUUUGCUGUCUUGCAUCAAGGACAAUUGAUGACAAACUGUUUUUUUUUUAUGGUGCAACUUAGUAUCUAUGGAUUGAACUAUUUAACGUUCA